AUGCCCAAGUCUCCGUCAGAUGAGUCGACUCUCGACGGAGAACCCCUCCCAAAACGGAGUCGACUGGUCGAAUUUGAGCCAAUUCGACUUCCGUCAAUAGGAUCUGCUGUAAGGAAGAAUUUAGAAUGGUUUUCUGAGUUUAGGGGGAGAGGAAUUUGACGAAGCUAUGAGGUCUUAUGGAUAAGAUCUGCAGAAACAAAAAAUUUUUCAAAAGUGAACGUAGCUGGCCAAAUUGAUUUGAAAGGAUGAAAUCACUGGGUUUACAUACUAUAACGGCUCUUAGACUCUCUCAAACAGUUGUAUUCUGGAAUUCCACCUUGUAAUUUCAAGUGAAAUGCUUACCUGAAAGGUUAAAAGUGAUAGUGCAGUUCAAAAUUCACCGAAAAGAAGAAAUUGUGUGGAAAUGCGACUUGAAAUAGUGUCUUUCGCUGUUUAUGGGAUAAAAUUUUGUCCAAGAAGACUAGUUUAUUUUUCGGAACAUCAAAAUUUACCUUUUCCAUCCUUUUUUAUCAUGUACAAUGUAUUUUUGCGAUAUUUUCCGUUUUCAGACAGAAAUUGAAAGCCGAAUAUAUCCUGCACGAUUGUUCAAAGCUUUGGAAAGGUUACGGCAAAAGGACCGGCAACGUCGCGAACUUGAAGGUCGAAUCGAGGCCAUCGAAAAUGAGCGGCAGCAGGAAGAUGAAAUGGUUUGUGUGGUCAAUUCCUGCUGGAAUAAGGUGAGUUUUUUAUUGAUAUGUUUUGGAUUUUCGGCGUUUAGGACAUGGUCUAAAUUGUUUUCUUGCAGUUUGAUGAAGAAGUCAAGACAUUUCUCCAGCGCUUCGACCCUGACGACAUUGCCGAGGUCAGAGAUCCUGUGUAUCAAGGUCUCCUCACUGCAUUCAAACGCUCAGAUUCCGAGGAACUGAGUGAAACUCUUCAAAAACGGGUAGAGUCUUCAGCUCGUUCGUUGUCCAAACUGGUAGCGUCGAUUUCGAGUCUGUCGACGAGAAGAAAGAGGAUAAUCAAACUGCUGAAGAACAAAGAGCCAACUCCUUCUUCGAGUUCGAGCUCUUCGUCGGAUGACAAGGAAGAUCUGAAUGAGCUUGUGAGAAAGGAAGCGUUGGAUAUGCUUCAGGAGAAUGCAAGGCUGGAAAAGCUUGCGGUGGAUCUGCAGGUACGAUUUUAUAUUGUUUUUGUUCAGAUUUUAGGGAGACUUGAAGGAAAUAGAAAAAUAUUGUGGAAAUACUUGUUUUAUGAAACAAGAUGUCUUCUUGUUGUUGCACAUGGUGUUGGAGAUCUGAUAGAAGCAAAAAUAAUGCUUUACAGGUUUUCUUGGGGAUACCACAACCAAUUUUAUGUUACACAUGAACGAGCUUUUUCAAAACUUUUCGAAACAAAAAAAAUUAUUUUGGUUGGUUUGUAAAGACCGUAGCAAGUUCCAAAAUUAUAUUUGUGACUUUUUUCGUAGCCUCUGAGGUAAACUUACUUAAUUUUUCAGACCGAACGGUCUCAAUUGAAGAAGAAGCUCACAAGACACAAUGAUCAGAUCGAACUUCUCGAGAAUCGAGUUGAAUCCCUCCAAAAUGAAAACAAAAACUUGAGGUUUGAGUUGGAAAAGGGGCAAGAUCGAGAAGAGAAGCUUGAACUCCGAAUUGUUGAACUUGUGAGGACUCAAAAAACGGUUGAACCUGCACCAGAAGCCUCGAAAGAAAAGGAAUCAAGUCAAGAGCCCGCUGCAGAUAUCUCGGACGAAAAGUUACGGGAGUUGCAGAUGGAAUUGGACGAGAAUUCAGAGCUGGCUACCUCAAGAUUAGCUGAAAUUGAAGAUUUAACUAAUCGAAACAAGAGUUUGGUUGCUGAAUUGGAGGAAUUCAAACAAAAAGUAAGAUACUUUCCCAAUUUGAGAUUUGUUUUUUAGUCGAAUAUCCUCUCGAGUCAGGCGGUAAAAUCAGCGCCGGAUUAUCAGAUUCUACAGGUCAAAUGUCACAACCUCAUGAAUGAAUGCAAAGAGCUUAAUGAAGGCAAUGAACUCCUCAAAAAACACAUUGAAGAUAUCGGCAAGGCCCAACAAGAACAACUUCAAAAAGUCGAAGAAGCACAUCAAAGGGAUUUGAGGAAUCUGAGAUUGGAAACACGGAAAUUAAACGAAGAAUUGGGUCAAGUUCGGCUGGAAUACAACAGUUUGAACAAUGAAUAUCAAAUGAAAAUUGCUGCGCAUGACACAAAAUGUAAGAUUUUAAAUUUUCUUCUUGAAUUUUAGAUCAGAACUCAUGUAUAGCAUAAAAUUGUGGAUGAAAAUGUGUAAAACAUUGAUUUUUAGUGCCGAACUACAAUGAAAUGGUCCACAUCAUUGAUGGUCUGAAGAAUCAGAACUCUGGGCUUCAGAAACAGGCACAAAUAUCAGCGAAGGCGCUAAAGGAAUGCCAAGCGGAACUGCAAAGAGUCCGUGAGGAAUCCGAACAGAAGGAGAAGGCUUUGGAGAAUUCGUUCAUUAUCAGGCUGGAUGAAGUGAUUGACCCAUGUCCGGAUGAGAAAAUACUCCCAAAUCCUGGGAUCUUUGCUAACUUGAAGUCACUUGAUUAUCCGCCCUAUCAAAAGAGCGAAAAUGCUAGUCCAAGGCCGAGAAGCAAUGGAGUGGAUGUUAAUGGUGAGUUUUUAUAUUAUUUUGUUGGAUUUUAGGCAUGCAAGAGUGACUUUUGGACAAAAAACUAAAGUUUUGUUACUUUUUGACGUCUAGUAUAAUAUAAAUUUUGGACUUUUCUUGGUUGUAAAAGCCAUUUUUAGCCAAACCAGCCACUCCCAGUCACUCUUCAACCCCAAAACCGGUCCCCAAACCCGAGUUCCUGAACACAUUCGAGUCAAAUUCCCCCAAACCCCGUCCAGAAGAAGUCCGAAUAAAAGAAGAGCGGAAUGGAAGCAGAAGUAGCAGCCCAGUAUGCGGCCAAAGAAAGGACAAGAUCAUAAUCAAUGGCAUCAAACAUCGACCAGAAUUUGGGUCGAAACAAGGAACACCAGAGAGAAAUAAUAAUGAUCACGAGAUCACUCAAAUGGUGGAGAAAUUAAAGGAAAAAGAGAAGAAAAUUGAGUAAGUUGGGAGAGAAUUUGAGAGUCAAUGGAAGUAGUGAGGACUGAAUGGGGAUUAGGAUAUGUUUUUGAUUUGAAUGGUAGCAAUAAAAUUUGUUUUCAGAGACCUUCAACUUGACAUUGAGGUCCUGAAAGAGAAAGUCGCCCUUCUUCAAGGCGCAGAUGGAGUUGAUGGCGAAAAAUUGGAUCUCCAAGCACAGAUUGAAGCCCUGCGGAAAAGAUCCGAACUUCUAACGGAAUACGUGAAGAAAUUCCAUCGCCUGGAGCGAAGAGAACGCGGCCGGUACUUCCAUGAUGACUUCCGAAGACGGGUCAAAACAGUGGAGGUUAAAAUGGAAAGGUAUCGGAAGGAAGUGUAUUCGAAUCGGGCACAGUGUGAAGCACUGAUGGCUGAGCUGGAAAACACAGUCUCGGUGUAUGAGGAUCAGUUGGAACAGGUAAGGAAAUGGGUGAUGGAUAACAUAAUUUUUGGUGAAGUGAAAGAAAUAGUUGAUUUUUGUGAAAUUAAUGGGAUGUAAAAUGAACGUUAAGACUGUUUAGAAUUGUUAAAAAAUUAAAAAAAAAUUUUUUUUGCAUAUUAUACUUGGCUGUUUAGAAUAAACGUAUGGGCGCCCAGCUGGAUGAAAAGGACGAAACUAUCCUCCAACUCACCGGCGAACGUCUCAAAUGCGCUAAUAAUGAGAUGAAAUUGAACAAUGAGAAGGUUGUGAUCAUGAGCGAGAAUGCAGCCCUCAAAAAGCAGGCCGAAGACGCGAUGCAAUUGUGCAAGGCCCUGGAACAGCACAAAAAGGCCCAGGACGAAAGAAUCGGGCUGUUGGAGAAUGAUCUCAAGUAAGUUGUUGAGAAAUUAUGAAUUGUGUUUGGUGGAUGAAUUAUGAUUUUUGUGAAUUGUUGUGUUUUCAGGCUAAAAUCUCAAGCCCUUGACUCGCAACGACGCAAAACUUUGGAUGCCAUCCAGGAAUAUGAAGAUUUGAAGGUUCAAUUGUCGAAGUAUGGGGAAGAAGUUAGCCAUUUGAAGAAACGACUUACGGAGAAGGCGACGAUUCUGGAAGGGACGGGCGGAAAAAUCGCGAGGUUAAAGGAGGACAAGGCAUCGCUGAAGAGGAAGUUGGACCAAUUCAAGAAAAUGAAGAGGUCCGGCAACAUGGAUGAGGUCCUGAUGGAGGAGAAUAAGGUCCUUAGGGUGAGUUUUUCGAAGUUUUGAGUUCAUUUGUGGAGAUUGGGCAUUGAGGGAGAGAGUUGACUCGUUUUGGGGUCAAGUGUUUCUCUUGUGGUCAAGUGUUUCUCUUGUUUAAGAAAGACUGUACGGAAGUCGGGGUUAAGUCUGAGAUUGUGAAAAACGAUUUUUGGGUUGAAAUAGGCUCAUAGAAAUGAUGAAGAUUAUUUUUUACGAUGUUUUUGUUUCAGGAACAACUGAACUGCCCCUCCUGUAAGACGCACGAGAAGGACACGGUCCUCACAAAGUGCUACCACGUCUUCUGCUUCAAAUGCAUACGGACGCGCUACGACCAACGCCGCCGCAAGUGCCCCAAAUGUAACGCCAAUUUCGGCGCCAACGACUUUCAUCGGAUCUACAUUAGCUGA